CUUUUUCUGCUUUCCUUCUUCAUUAUUCUUCCUAUUUGUAUUACUACCCUUUCCCAAACGUAAUAUCACCACUCACUCACUUCCUUUAUAUUCUUUCAAGAACUUCUUGAUUCAGAAUCCAAAUUUGAAGUUUUUUUUCUGCUCUGCAAUCACAAAGUAUAGCAUCAACCAUGGGAUCAAGUGAUUGGUUGAAGAAUAUAAUCAGUUCAAAUAAAGCUAGGAAACAAAAAAAUAACAAGACAAAGGAUAAUUCAUUACCAGAAACAAAUGGUUUUAUUUUGAAAUCUCGAUCUAAAGAGGAACAAAAAAAUAUUAUUAAUGGUGUUGCUAAAGGACGCCGUGUAUCUGUUAAUCUGCCUGAUGAGGAUGUAGCAGCAAUACGGAUCCAAACUGCGUUUAGGGGGUUUAAGGCGAGAAAGUAUUUCUGCAAUUUGAAACGAUUAGUAAAGUUGCAGAUGCUUAUGGAAGGGGAUUUUGGCAAAAAGCAAACCUCGAAUACAUUAAGAAAUCUUCAAACAUGGAGCAAGAUACAAGCCCAGAUAAGAACUCGCAGACUGGCUAUGGUGGAAGACAGCGGGAUCAAGCAGAAGAAGCUUGAGAAUCAAUUGAGGCUUGAUGCUAAGAUGGAGUGGAGUGGGAGCUCUCGUACGAUGGAUGAGGUUCUUGCACGGAUGAAACAAAGAGAAGAAGCAUCUGUAAAGCGUGAGCGAGCAAUGGCAUACGCCUUUUCUCAUCAGUGGAGGGCAAAUUCGAAUUCAAAUUUAGGCAUAAAUGAAUCUGAUGUGGCGGCAUCUAAUUGGGGUUGGAGUUGGAUGGAGAGAUGGAUUGCUGCUCGGCCUUGGGAAACUCGAGCUCUAGUGGGGUCCACUCCAAAGAAAGUCAAUAGUCCACCAACUAAGAAAUCGCCAUCAAUGAAAAAGUCAAAUUCACCUAAUGGUAAGAAAGCAUCGAGAAAUCGAAGGUUAUCAUACGGGUCAACCGCUAAAGUGGGAGAUGCAAAAACAAAGCUUGAAAGGCAAACAACAAAGUAACUCAAAUCGGUUGAAUUAUAUAAUAGAAUCAGCUAUUAAGUUGUGGUAAUGAAUGUCACUUCAUCAGUUGCGGGAGUGAUGUUGUUAUUAUGAUGGAAAAGGUUAGAAAAGAUGGUUGAAAAUUUUACAUUCUUUUUGUUUGGUGUGGAGUGGUGUGAUAGAGGAGUGUUUGUUGACAUGAAGUGGAAAAAUAAGUACGCACUCUCUUUGGAAUUUAUGAAUAUUUUGUGAUGUAUUAUUGAGUUAUUUGUAAUUUAUGUUGUAAAUAAGUUUAAGAAUGCCUUUUGGGCUGAACUUAGGGUGCAUAAGUAUGGAAUCAAAGUAUCAAACUCAAGGAGGUGGCAAAGUUCGGAAUAAACCAGGAAUAUUUGAAUUUA